UUAUCACAAAGGAUUUAUAUCAACUUAGGCAAAUGAUUAAAGAGAAAAGGAAGAAUUUACAGAAGGAUAGAGACAAAGAUAAAGAGCGCGAGUCUUAUCAAAAGAAAGAUAAGGAGCUUGAAAAAGAACAUGAAGGAGAACGUGCACGAGUAAAAGAGAAGGAAAGGCAAGAAAGGGAGAAGGAAUUUGAAAAGGACAGAGAAAGGGUAGAAAAGAAUAAGGAGCAAGAAAAGCAGCAUGAGGACCACAAUGACAGAGAUAUGGUUACUGAUCAGGAAGAGAAGAUUAAUGUCAAACAUGAAGAAAAUGGAGCUUCUGGAGAACCAAUGGAUAUUCCUACAACAUAUGUUGAAAUCCCUAGUUCUGAUGUGACAAUUCUAGAAGGCCAUACUUCUGAGGUAUGUGCUUGUGCUUGGAGUCCAGCAGGGUCUCUUCUUGCAUCAGGGUAGGUAUCUCAUUGUUAGAUUG